UUGACAGCUGCAGCAUGGCAAGCAACAACCGCGUGACAGUUAAAAACACGCACAAACGCGUGACCAUCUCGAACCUUCCAAAUUAAAUGCAUUUUGCCUAUAAAACCAAGCUAGCGUUGGCAAGCAUACCAUAAGCAUCGAAAGCAGGAGUUCCAGGAGCGUACACAACUCAAUGCCGUCGAUAUCUGGGCCGGAGAGGGUCCGGCGAAGGUCCUCAUCGGCUCGUCCCAUGCCACCCACACCUAAAAAACCCGCCACCUGGAGGACCUAAUCCGCCUCUCCGACGUCCGCUGGCUUUAUUUAGCGGUCGGCUAGGAAAGGGGACGCAAAGAAUGGCAAAGUGGAUGGUCGGAGACGGUCCGAGAGAGCGAGGACGUGAUGAACAGGGAGAAUACCUGUGUUGUGGUGGUCCCACAGCUUGACGAGGACGGGACCCAAGUACGUAGAGGCGAGAAGGGCCAUGGACGGAGGCCAAGAUCUGAGAAUGAUGUCAAGGCGCAUCCUGGGGCACAACACUCCUGUAGCGAAAGAUUUACCGGGGAGGACAGAUGAUCAGAUCAAGAACUACUGGAACACGUGGAUCAAGCGGCGGAAGCAUGCGGGGCUACCUUUGUAUCCGCAGGAGAUGCAGCGGCAGGUUUUACUCCGGCACGGCUACCACCUCCGCCCUCCCGCCGCCGCCUCCUCUUCUGCCUAUCCUACUCCUCCGGCACCACUGCCCGCUUCCGUUCCCCACGCCCGGCUCCGCCCUCCACUGCUUUCAUUGAUGCACCCAAUGGCAUGCUGACUUUGGAGCGCUUGAUCACAAAUAUUUUGUUGAAGUUAGGAAAAGAAAGGACCGGUGUGGAGGAUAUUGCGUGCUUCAACUUUCUAAAGCCUCUUCUGUACCAAAAAAAGGAAACUUUCUAAAGCCUCUUCAGCCUUUAGGUUCCAUCCAAAGGCAUCCUUCCUUAAUAAUGCAGUGAGUGGUGCACUAAUUGGUGCGGUAGGAAAAAGAAAAAGGGAUGAUUUGAUCGAUUAGAUUGUACUUCGAAAUUCAUGUAAAUAAAAAUAAAUUAUAUUGAAGAACUGCUUGAU